CCGGCAAUUCAAAAGUCAGGAAUAUCUGCAGACACUAUCAUGGAUAGUGAUCCACCAAUUGAAGGACACCCUCAACCAGAGCAUGAAAAUCCAAUUAAGGUAGGAGACUCUGAUGCUGUGUCAAACCCAGAGUGUCCUCCAGUAGGCCCAAGUGGAGAUGCUGGUGCACCUCAGAAGAAGACCCCAGAACCUGAAGAUGGGAACAAAGCAGGAAAGAAGCGCUCAACUGGUAAAAAGAAGAAAAAGCCAACACCGACCUCCCUUGCUGAAUUACGCAAGAAAGGGAGAGAAUCUAGAGAGGAAACUGAAAGGGGGAAAGGUGGGGAAGAUGUCCAGUUCAUGACAAAGGGAUUUGGCAAAAUGACUAUUACACCAAGACCAAAACCAGUUGAAGGUACUGGCCUUGUAUAUGAUGAAAGAAUGGCAUUACAUAAAUGUGACUGGGAUGAUAAUUACCCAGAAAGCCCUGCCAGGAUCACAGAGUCAUACAAGCGCUGUUUAGAAUAUAACUUAGUAGACAGAUGUGUCAAAAUUGAGCCCCGUCUUGGAACUCACAAAGAAAUAACCAGCAUGCACUCUGAUGGUUAUCGCACAUGUGUUGAACAGUCUGUAACACAAGACAUCAACAAUCUCAGAAAAUUAUCAGAAAAAUAUGAUGCUACAUAUUUUAAUAAUCAUACUUAUGAAGCUGCCAAGUUGGCAUUGGGGAGUACACUUGAACUUGUGGAUCAUGUAGCACAAGGAAAGGUGCGUAAUGGAAUGGCUAUAGUUCGUCCCCCAGGCCAUCAUGCCAUGAAGAGUGAAGCGUGCGGUUAUUGUUUCUUCAACAAUGUUGCCAUAGCAGCAAAACAUGCACUUGAUGACCUUGGCAUGAACAGAGUUUUGAUAGUUGACUGGGAUGUCCACCAUGGUCAAGCAACACAAUACAUGUUCUAUGAUGACCCAAGGGUGCUCUAUUUCUCCAUACAUCGUUAUGAAUAUGGUACAUUCUGGCCCAAUCUGAGAGAAUCUGACUAUGAUUACAUAGGGGAGGGCAAAGGCAAAGGAUACAACAUUAAUGUUCCACUGAAUAAGACUGGAAUGGGGAACACAGAAUACAUGGCAAUUCUUCUGCAGAUUCUGCUGCCUAUAGCUACUGAGUUUAAUCCUGACCUUGUUCUAGUGUCGUCAGGCUAUGACGCAGCUAUAGGAUGCCCUGAGGGUGAGAUGGAAGUGACUCCUGCAUGUUAUGCUCACUUCAUCAAUCUACUGCAAACUCUUGCAAAUGGCAAACUCUGUGUCAUCUUGGAGGGUGGUUAUUGCAUUAAAUCUCUCUCAGAGGGAGUUGCAUUGACAUUGCGGGCAUUGCUAGAUGACCCGGUGCCCUCUAUACCAGCCUUGGGGAAACCAUGUGAUGCAAUUGUCGAGACAAUCCUACAAUUGAUCACUGAACUACGGCCAUUUUGGAAAUGUCUAGCAUUUCAAGAUGACCUUGAACCUGGGGAAGCCUCUCAAAUACCAUCUGGUGGUGAAAGGCCAGAACAUGUUGAAUUUUCCACUGAUGCCAACAAACCAGAAAUACAUGUACUGGAAGAUUGCUACCCUAUACAAGAUAAUAAGGUGAAACUGAUGCUAGAGUCACGUAUAGAGGACCUUAUACAGGGAACUGACCUCACAAAGCCAACUAAUAGAACAUGUUUGGUUUAUGAUCAGAAGAUGAUGGCACAUAGGAAUUAUACAGAUCCGAGCCAUCCAGAAAGACCAGAAAGAAUUUCCCGUAUUUACUCAAAACACAAAGAAUAUGGACUUCUAGACAGAUGUAAAUUAUUAAAGUCUCGAGUUGCCAAAGAAGAAGAGUUAGCUUUACUGCAUGACCCUGACUACAUAUCUAAGAUCAAAGAAACCAGCACUACAAAGCCACGAGAUCUACGAGACAUACAAUACAACUUCAACUCCAUAUUCCUUAGUCAGGAAUCAUGGGAUUGUGCCAUCCUUGCAACUGGAUGUUUCCUGAAUGUUAUAGAUGAUGUCAUGUCAGGACAAUCACAGAAUGGUGUUGCUAUUAUCAGGCCACCAGGUCAUCAUGCUGAAGUUCACACUGCUAUGGGCUUCUGCUUCUUCAACACUAUACCAAUAGGAGCCAGAUAUGCACAGAAAAGAUAUGGUUGUAAAAAGGUCCUUAUAAUUGAUUGGGAUGUUCACCAUGGCAACGGCACACAACACAUGUUUGAAGAUGAUCCAAGUGUCCUGUACAUGUCAUUACAUAGAUAUGAUGGGGGUUUUUUCUUCCCUUCUUCGCCAGAUGGGAACUUUGAUAAGGUGGGAACUGGGACAGGGAUAGGCUUCAAUGUGAACGUACCAUGGAAUGGGCGAAAGGUUGGAGACAGAGAGUACAUUGCUACAUUUCAACAGGUCAUCAUGCCCAUAGCUUACGAGUAUGGCCCAGACCUUGUUCUUGUCUCUGCAGGGUUUGAUGCUGCCAGGGGAGAUCUAUUGGGAGGCUGCGAUGUUACUCCUGAGGGAUACGCACAAAUGACCCGGAUGUUAAUGGGACUAGCCAAUGGGAGACUUAUUCUUGGAUUGGAGGGUGGCUAUAACUUGUCCUCAAUAUCAGAGUCUAUGGCAAUGUGUACAUCUAUGCUACUAGGUGACCCAUGCCCACCGCUUGAAGAAGAAUAUGAUAUAGCUCCACAUGCCGUGAAGUCCAUUAAUAAUGUGUUGGACACACACAAAGCUCACUGGCAGAGCUUACAAUAUAGAGUGCCUCUGUACAAUCACAAACAAGAUGAUGAUCCACACAAAGACGAUGUUACACAUAAAGAUGAUGUUACACAUAAAGAUGAUGUUACACAUAAAGAUGAUGUCGCACAGAAUGAUGGAGAUCUUGACACAUUAGCAACUGCAUUACAGGACAUGUCAGUUGCACCUCAAGUUGCAGUCUGUGAUACUAGGGGUGGGGAUAUACCGCCUGAGGGUGAGAGCUUGGCUUGUGGGGUUGAGGAAGGAGCUUGUGGGGGAAGCGAUGCAACUGCAAUUAAUCUAGUCACAUUGCAGACGGAUGGGAUGUUUGCUGUUCAACCUUUAACCUGGUGCCCUCACCUUGACCUUGUGGAACCACUGCCCCCUGGUGGCCUUGAUGUGAAUCAGGCUUGUCUGGAGUGUGGACACAGAGGGGAGAACUGGGUCUGCUUACAGUGCUAUCAGGUUCAUUGCAGUCGCUAUGUGAAUGAACACAUGGUAAAACAUGGCUUGGAGUCGGAACAUAGAGUCGUACUAAGCUAUGCAGACCUCUCAGUAUGGUGUUACAGCUGUGAUAGUUACAUCUCAAACCAGGUUUUGGAUCCAGCAUUGGAAUCAGCCUCCAUUAGCAAGUUCGGAGGGGAAUAG